UGGCCCGGACCCCUGCCGCCUGCGCCGCGCCGCGCUCGCUUCGACCCCUCUCCAUGGCUCCGCGGCGCCCGCCGCCCUCGCCGCCCUCCAGUCCGGAGGGGCCUCGCGGCAGCGGGUGCACACACCCGGUAAAGGACUGAACAGCUCCGCUCCUCCUCGCCGGCUCCUGCACUACGAGGCAAGCCCAGGCAGGGGAGACGGAGGCGGCACGCAGGAGACAGCGGCAGACUGGGCUCCGACCGCCGCGGGACGGUGCAGGCGGGGCGCGCGGCCGUUGGAGCGGAGCUCGGGGCUGGCGGCGGGGAGGCGUCUCGGCGCCCAGGCCGGAUCCGUGCAGCUGCCCGCGGCCGGCGCCCGGCCUCCGGACUCACCUGUCCGCGGCGCCCCCUUCCCCACCGAGACUGCGCGGGCCUGGAGCGCGGCCCGAUCUAAUAUGCCCAGAGCCGAGGCGCGAUGAAGGAGAAGUCCAAGAAUGCGGCCAAAACCAGGAGGGAGAAAGAAAAUGGCGAGUUUUACGAGCUGGCCAAGCUGCUCCCGCUGCCAUCGGCCAUCACUUCGCAGCUGGACAAAGCGUCCAUCAUCCGACUCACCACGAGCUACCUGAAGAUGCGCGCCGUCUUCCCCGAAGGUUUAGGAGACGCAUGGGGACAGCCAAGCCGUGCCGGGCCCCUGGACAGCGUUGCCAAGGAGCUGGGAUCGCACUUGCUGCAGACUUUGGAUGGAUUUGUUUUUGUGGUAGCAUCGGAUGGCAAAAUCAUGUAUAUAUCUGAGACAGCUUCUGUACAUUUAGGCCUGUCCCAGGUGGAGCUCACGGGCAAUAGUAUUUAUGAGUACAUCCAUCCCUCUGACCACGACGAGAUGACCGCUGUCCUCGCGGCCCACCCGCCUCUCCACCAUCACCUGCUCCAAGAAUACGAGAUAGAGAGGUCGUUCUUCCUCCGAAUGAAGUGCGUCUUGGCCAAAAGAAAUGCGGGCCUGACCUGCAGCGGAUACAAGGUCAUCCACUGCAGCGGCUACUUGAAGAUCAGGCAGUACAUGCUGGACAUGUCCCUGUACGACUCCUGCUACCAGAUUGUGGGGCUGGUGGCCGUGGGCCAGUCGCUCCCGCCCAGCGCCAUCACGGAGAUCAAGCUGCACAGUAACAUGUUCAUGUUCAGAGCCAGCCUGGACCUGAAGCUCAUCUUCCUGGACUCCAGGGUGACGGAGCUGACGGGCUACGAGCCGCAGGACCUGAUCGAGAAGACGCUGUACCACCACGUGCACGGCUGCGACACCUUCCACCUGCGCUACGCGCACCACCUCCUGCUGGUGAAGGGCCAGGUCACCACCAAGUACUACCGGCUGCUGUCCAAGCUGGGCGGCUGGGUGUGGGUGCAGAGCUACGCCACCGUGGUGCACAACAGCCGCUCCUCCCGGCCGCACUGCAUCGUGAGUGUCAAUUAUGUCCUCACGGACAUCGAGUACAAGGAACUGCAGCUGUCGCUGGAGCAGGUGUCCACUCCCAAGGCGCAGGACUCCUGGAGGACCCCCUCGUCUACCUCACAAGAAGCUAGGAAGCUAGCGAAGCCCAGAAACGUGAAGAUGAAGACGAAGCUGAGAACAAGCCCCUAUCCCCCGCAGCAGUACGGCGCGUUCCACGCGGACAGACUGGACUGCGGCCAGCUCGGACCGUGGGCGGCCGGCGCCCCCGCCAGCACCCCGGCGGCCCCGGAGCAGCAGCUGCACGCCGAGGGCGGGGACCUGCUGUACGCGCCGCCCUACAGCCUGCCCUUCUACCGCUACGGCCCCUUCCCGCUGGACGCGCCCGUCUUCGGCAGCAAGAAGCCCGCGCCGCAGGCCAAGCGCGGGCAGCCCCAGGGCCCCGCGUGCGAGGUGGCCCGCUUCUUCCUGAGCGCGCUGCCCGCCGGCAACGAGUGCCAGUGGCAUUACGCCAGCGCCCUGGGGCCCGGCAGCCCGUCCGCAGCCCCCAAGAGCCUCCCCGAGCCGCCCGCGGCCGCGGCCCGGCACCUGGCGCCCGGCUUCGAAGCAGCGCCCGGAGCCGUCGCGCGCAGGUUCAGCGAGGACCCCGCGCCCCAGCCACCGCCGCCGCCGCCGCGGCGACUGACCGAGCCCGCGACUGCCGAGCUCCGCCGCCGCCCUCAGGUUCGCCGCGGACGCCGAGCGGGGACGCGACCGUCGGGCCUGUCCUGCAAGCCUGAGGCCCCGGCCGCGACCUGAGGUCCCCGCCUUUGGCUGGGGACACUGGGUUUCCUCCCCUUGAAGUCAAGCUUCGGGCAUCUUGCCGUGUCCCCAGGUCUGGCGACGGGUGAUCCAAGGCGUUGCAACUCGCUGGCGCGCGAGGCCCCGGACAGGCGCCCCGAUUCCAGGCGGGGGCGCGGGCACAGGCAGGAACGCUUCCUCCUCUGUACUUAGUUAAGGCGGAAGGUGGCAUUUUAAGUUCCCUGGACACACCACUCCGCUGUGCUUACAAUUCAUUCAUGAGGCUUACGAAUUUUUUAAGUCAGUCCUUUCCUGAAUACAAAAAUCAGCGAAGCCCAGUGUGUGUGGGUGUGUGCCCUUCACAAACGCGUUAACAAGCGCUUACGUCCUCGGCGGAUGGACUCUUGACAGCACCUUCAGAACACACCGAGUAGGGGCUGGGGAUUUAGCUCAGCGGCAAAAGCGCCUGCCUGGCAAGCGCAAGGUCGUGAGUUCGGUUCCCGGUACCGGAGAAAAAAAACAAAAACAAAAACAAAAAAAACACACCGAGUAGGCAUUAAAUGCAAGCAGACCUGUGUGGCCAGGAAUUGUCCGGGGGCGGUCAAGCUGGCUCCCCGGCGGGCCGCCGCGCAUCUCUAAUCCUCCGAGCUGGAUCGCUGCGAACAGUGCCGGUCCGGUUAGGCGAGCUGCAUGUGCAAUAUGGAAACGCAGUGGCCCGCACCUUGCGGGGGACAGCGUGCUAAGGGACGUCGCGAGGAUGAUGGACGUGUUUGAAGCAUCUUCUACAUAGCGAAGUUUCCUCAGUGACAACGUGUCGUGUGUACAGGUGGACAGAGAUCUUUUAUAAAGCACCAGCAGUGUUGGAAAAAUAAAAUUCCAUUAUUUUUGUUUCA